AAAACAAAUUUUACACAAGAAAUGGAGAGGAUCCAGAGCAGCAACAGCAACAGCGUGAGGAACCAUUUCGUCCUGGUUCACGGCCUCUGCCACGGGGCGUGGUGCUGGUACAAGGUGAUCGUGGCGCUCGAGGCCGCGGGGCACCGCGUCACGGCAGUCGACCUCGCCGCGUCCGGCGCCCACCCAGCGCGCAUCGACGAGGUGCACUCGUUCGAAGAGUACUCUCGGCCGCUGCUCGACGUGGUGGCCGCAGCUCCCGAGGGUGGCAGCGAGAGGCUGAUCCUUGUCGGGCACAGCCACGGCGGCCUCAGCAUCGCGCUAACGAUGGAGAGGUUCCCCGGCAAGGUCGCCACGGCCGUGUUCGUGGCAGCCGCGAUGCCGUGCGUUGGCAAGCACAUGGGCGUCACAACCGAGGAGUUCAUGAGAAGAGCAUCAUCGGAAGGACUGCUCAUGGACUGCGAGAUGCUGGCAAUCAACAACAACCAGGGUGUAGGUGUUGCAAUCAUAGUGGGCCCAGACUUCUUAGCUCACAAGGGUUACCAGCAAAGUCCACCUGAGGAUUUGGCCCUGGCAAAAAUGUUGGUGAGGCCUGGAAACCAAUUCGUGGAUGAUCCAGUGAUGAAGGACGCAGGGCUGCUC